UACUGGCCGCCUGGCUGCGCGGCGCCGGGACCCGCCCCUGCAGCCAGGUCUCCUCUGGCCCCCGCCUCCCAGUUGGGUUUGUGCGGAGAUGGCCAUUAGAGUCCGCACGGCGGCCGUCUGGGUCCCACCUAUCCAGGGACAAUACAGUUCUGGUGACAGGAUCAGGGAUCUCCCAGGUCAGGAAUCCACCUUGGGUCAAGAGACCCCUGACCAGAAGCUGCUCCAUGGAGGACCUUGGCAGGGGCACAUGGACUGCUGGACAAAGCAGGUUCUGGAGUGGCUGCUUAUUUCCCAGAAGCAGCCAGGAACCACCCAGCCCCAGGGACCAUUGUCCUUCAUGGAUGUGUUUGUGGACUUUACUUGGGAAGAGUGGUGCUUGCUGGACCCGGCCCAGAAGUACCUGUACCGGAGUGUAAUGUUGGAGAACUAUGACAACCUGGUGUCCUUGGGGUAUCAACAUAACAAACCCAGUAUCAUUUUCAAGUUGGAACAAGGAGAAGAACCAUGGAUGAUGCAGACACAAAUCCCAAGUCAGGGCCAUCCAGAUAAAGCCUGGGAAAUUAAUCAUAUGGAAUGGCAUCAGGAAAAUCAAGGCAAGCUGGAAAGUAUGACAAAAGGCUCUGAAUGUACAGCAUUUGGAAAACUGUGUCUUCUUAAUACAAAUCAUGUUUCCUUAAAAAAAAAGUUUCAUACAUGUGGCACACAUGGAAAGUGUUUGAAAUAUAACACAGAUGGCUCUAGUAAUUAUGUUGAAAAGAAUCCAAAUGGGUUUAAUAUGCAUAAACAAACUGUUAUUCGAAUAAAAUGUUCUGAAAGUGACAAAUCUGGAAAAACCUUCAACAAGAAGUCACAAUUACUAUGCCAACAAUUGUAUAUAAAAGGAAACCCUUUUGAGUGCAGUUACUGUGAGAAGACCUUCAGCAGCAAGCCAUGCCUUAUGCAUAAACAAACUCAUGGAGAAGAAAAACCUUACAAAUGUAAUAGAUGUGGGCAAGACUUCAGUAGCAAGUCCUACCUCAGUGUACAUCAGAGAAGUCAUACAGGAGAGAACCUACAUGAAUGCUGUAAACGUGGUAAAUUCUUUAGUACGAAAGAUCAGCUUGUUUCACACCAAAGAACUCAUUCCAGACCAAAACCCUAUGGAUGUAAUGAAUGUGGGAAAGCCUUUGGUUUGAAGUCACAGCUCAUUAUACAUCAAAGAAUUCAUACAGGAGAGAAACCCUUUGAGUGUAGUGAAUGUAGCAAAGCCUUUAAUACAAAGUCAAAUCUUAUGGUACAUCAGAGAACUCAUACAGGAGAGAAACCCUAUGGUUGUAGUGACUGUGAGAAAGCCUUUACUUUCAAGUCACAGCUCAUUGUACAUCAAGGCAUUCACACAGGAGUCAAACCAUUUGGGUGCACUCAGUGUGGGAAAACUUUCAGUUUGAAGUCACAACUCAUCGUUCAUCAGAGAAGUCACACAGGUAUGAAACCUUAUGUAUGCAGUGAAUGUGGGAAAGCUUUUAGGAGCAAAUCAUAUCUUAUUAUCCAUAUGAGGACUCAUACAGGAGAGAAACUCCAUGAAUGCAGUGAAUGUGGAAAAACCUUCAGUUUUAACUCACAGCUCAUUAUACAUCAGAGGACUCACACAGGAGAGAGUCCAUAUGAGUGCCGUGAAUGUGAGAAGACCUUCAGUCGGAAGUAUCAGCUUAUUUCACACCAGAGGAUUCAUGCUGGGGAAAAGCCCUAUCAGUGCAGUGACUGUGGAAAAACUUUCGGUUUGAAGUCACAGCUUAUCAUACACCAGAGAACUCAUACAGGAGAGAAACCCUUUGAAUGUAGUGAAUGCAGCAAAGCCUUUAAUACAAAGUCAAACCUUAUUGUACAUCAGAGAACUCAUACAGGGGAGAAACCAUAUAAUUGCAGUGAAUGUGGAAAAACCUUUACUUUUAAAUCACAGCUCAUUGUACAUCAUGGAGUACACACUGGGAUAAAACCCUAUGAAUGUAGUCAGUGUGGAAAAACCUUUAGUUUGAAGUCACAGCUCAUUGUACAUCAGAGAAGUCACACAGGAGUGAAACCCUAUGAAUGCAGUGAAUGUGGGAAAGCUUUCAGGAGCAAAUCCUACCUGAUUAUCCAUAUGAGAACUCACACAGGAGAGAAGCCACAUGAAUGCAAUGAAUGUGGGAAAUCUUUCAGUUUCAACUCACAACUCAUUGUACAUCAAAGAAUCCAUACAGGAGAAAAUCCCUAUGAAUGCACUGAUUGUGGGAAAGCCUUCAAUAGAAAAGAUCAACUCAUUUCACAUCAGAGAACUCACAUAGGGGAAAAACCUUAUGGGUGUAGUGAAUGUGGGAAAUCCUUUAGUAGCAAGUCAUACCUCAUUAUACAUCUGAGAGCUCAUUCAGGAGAGAAACCAUAUGAAUGUAAUGAAUGUGGAAAAACCUUCAUUUGGAAAUCACUGCUAAUUGUACAUGAACGUACGCAUGCAGGGGGAAGCCCUUAUAAAUGCAGUCAAUGUGAGAAAUCAUUUAGUGGGAAAGUGCGUCUUAUUGUGCAUCAGAGAAUGCACACAAGAGAGAGACCCUAUGAAUGCAGUGAAUGUGAAAAAGCCUUUAUUAGGAAAUCUCAGCUCAUUGUACAUCAGAGAACUCAUUCAGGGGAGAAGCCCUAUAGAUGUAAUGAAUGUGGAAAAGCUUUCUCUCAAAAAUCAAUUCUUAGUGCACAUCAGAGGACUCAUACAGGAGAGAAACCCUGUAAAUGUGCUGUAUGUGGGAAAGCCUUUUGUUGGAAGUCACAGCUCAUCAUGCAUCAGAGGACACAUGCAAAUGAGAAAUGUGAUGAAUUAAAUAUAAAUAUUUCCUCUGAAAAGCCAAUUCACAAGGAAUUCCAGCAACCUCAUAUAGAAAAGAAACUCACUAAAGGGGAUUAUGUGUUAUACCAGACAACUCAUACAGAAUAGAAAUUUAAUGAAUGCACAGAAUGUAUAAAGUUGCCCACAGGAAGUUGUGGUUUUUGACAUGUAAAAAUAUCAAAUGCUUACAAGAAACUGUAAAUUCAGUAAGCCCUUGAAGGGUUUCAGCAGCAAGUCAUGCUUUUAAAAUGUUUAUAUAGGUGAGGAAUUACAUGAAUGAAGUGAAUAUUGGAAAUUAAUUUUACCAACAUAGCAUUCCUCAAACCAAAGCAAAUGUUAAGUACACCAUUGAACAUUGGAAGUUUUGUUUUAUUGAAUGUAUUUUAAUGAGGGAAAAUAGAGAACCAAGUGAAUGGGCCAUUUAUUAAAAUUACAAACACCUUAGGUAUCAGAGACUCAUACCUUGACAAAACCAUGGUGUUAUUUAGGGAAAUUUUUCAUUUAGAAAUGACAAGCCUCUAGAAAAGUAAUAAUCCAAGUGACAACCUAUGACUGUCAAAAUGGGGUAAUGGCUCAGCUAGAGAGUUCACUUGAAUAUCUUUAUUACUUUUGAGUAAUUUCCCCUAAAAGCUAUUAUAAGGGAAAUUUUGUUCUUGAUAUUGAAAAAUAUGAGGAAAAUAUUGGAGAAAAUAUUCAACUAAAGUGGUAGGAAUGUUCAUAACAGAAAAUACUCCUUUUUAGUCUGUAAAUAAUUGCAAUGAUCAGGACAAGAAGUAAAUCCUCAACUAAUGUGUUUGGUAGGUUUUCAGAAACUAAUAGUAAGGAAAAUGGUAUAUAAUGAAAUCAGGUCCUUGAAUAAUGUUAUUUCAGUGUUUGUGAUCCUUUCUUAAUUUUACUAUGAACAGUAUUGAGUAAAGGAACCUUGUUUAAAGACUUGCUAUACUUCAUAGGAUUUAACCUUCAUGUUUAGAUUUAUCUUCCUCCCUAUACUAUACUAUGAGUUUCUAUGAUUUAGAAUUUUACUUGUGAAUGCCACAUGAAGUAGAUAAAUUAGAUACAACACCAUUUCUUAGGCAUUUCUACUUUGUAAUAACAUUUUAAAAAAAGAUUUAUUUAUUUAUACUGAACGGGGUACAGGCCAGAGAU